UGGUUCUGUAAUGCUUCCUAGUGGUAUACUGUGGAAUUGUAUUCUAAAUAAAUAAUAAAUUAACUGUUUGGAAUAUAGGUUUAGCGUGUAGUGCUACAGUUUAAAUUUAUAUUUUGGCUAAUCAAAUAUGAAUAACCAAUUUCAAGAUGAGAAAAUGGAUGAUGAUCCUCCUCCGUUGACUUUAGGUCAACCACUGAGUGAUCUUCUGUUGCAACUCGAAGAUUACACACCUACGAUCCCCGAUGCUGUGACAGCCUAUUACCUAAGGUCUUCGGGUUUUGAACCAAAGGACCCUAGGUUAUUGAGGUUAAUCUCUAUAGCCGCACAGAAAUUUAUUUCUGAUAUAGCAAACGAUGCCUUGCAACACUGUAAGAUGCGAUCUACAAAUUCUUCAAGUAGCCACGGUACCUCAAAGAACUCUAAGGGAAUAAAAGAUAAAAGGUACUGCCUCACCAUGGAAGAUUUGGCUCCAGCAUUGGCUGAAUUUGGAAUAACUAUCAAAAAACCAUCAUAUUAUGUGUAAGCCAAAAAAUAGGUUCUAACACAUCAUCAUACUUUGUAACAUGUUGACUUGUCGAGGUCUAAAAAUUUUUGGCGUAAUUGUUUAUUUUUGCCUUCUGUAACAUCAAUCCUUCGUAGUAAAUAAAACAUGCAAAGUA